AUGAGAGAGCAGGUCCUCCUCUACGUACCGUUCAGGAACGAGGCUGUCGACGUUCUCGAUCAUAAUAAAUACCUCGAGACGUUCGAGGCCAACAAGGACCUGAUUGCUACCAAACAUCGCCAAUACAACAUCGGCAAUGACGACGACAUCGUGGCUCAGUUGAUUGAAGAGCACAGGAUACAGCAGCAACGAGAAGAAGAUGCGGCCGCCGUUGACGCCGCGGUCGUUGCCGCCGUUCCCGCCGACGAAGACGCCGACCUCUUGCCCAACGAAGACCUGAUGCGUGCCGUCAAAGACACCAGUCCCUGUGCUGCCGUGCGCAAAAGGCAAGACGUCAUGGAUAGAGAGGAAUAUACCAGACUCAUGCGCAUGACGAAUGCGGAGCAGUACGAGUUGCUCCGAGAAAUCAUCCACAGGCAAACGACACUCGGAGCACUUCCGUUGCGCGUCUUCUUGACAGGACCUGCGGGAUGCGGUAAAACGUUUGUCCUAAAGCUCGUCAUGGACGUUUACAACCGCUAUAACGAUAAUGCAGGUCCAUACAAUGCAUUCGUCAUUUGCGCGAGCACGGGAAAGGCGGCCGUGGCUGUAGGCGGAACCACCGUGCACUCUGCCUUCAAGCUCACUCGCAACAAGAAGGACCUCGGAUUGGGCGACAGCGAACUGAAUACCUUUCGAGUUGCUUUCCGUUACGUCAAGUGCAUCAUCGUUGACGAGGUUAGCAUGUUGUCGUCUGAUAACCUCAAUACCAUCGAUUGUCGCCUCAAGCAAAUCACCCAAAAGCUAGACGAACCCUUCGGAGGCCUCGACGUCCUCAUGUGCGGUGAUUUGCGCCAGUUACCACCCGUCCGCGCAAACGAGGUGUACAAGAGGUGCAGAGAAGCGGGUGGGCUCUUCGGGGCCACAAUCAAAUGGCACUACCUCGAUUACUUUCCGCUCGUCCAAGUCGUCAGACAAUCCGAUGCCUCCUUCUCGGCUCUGCUCACAAAGAUCGGAGACGGAAGAGCACUUCAGGACGAUGAGGUCCGACUACUCGAGAGCUGCUUCGUCACCACAGAAGAAGUCUUGGUUCGUGCGUCCUCGGCGAUACGACUCUUCUACUCCAACGAAGAGGUCAACAAAUUCAAUACUUUCAUUGCACAGCGAGGAGGAGGAGAAGUCGUUUCACUGCAAGCCGAAGAUACCUACCUGGGGUGCGCCAACCAAGACGCUCUAAACAAGGCAAUCGCAAAAGUUGAGAAAAUGUCACACACCAAGUUUGCAAACCUCCCUCACGAAAUUCUCAUCGUCCUCGGCAAACCGUACAUGAUUACCACCAACAUUGACGUCAUAGACGGUCUCGUCAAUGGGGCCGUUGGCAUUCUCAAGGUGUGCGAGAGAGCGGUAAACGACGGCGACUUGCCGAAACGCCUCUGGUUACACUUUGACGACGCCACAACCACGGGUAAGCUUACUCGUCUUCGGUCCAAGCGAAUGGUGAACGAGGCCAAGCGGAGUGGUCACGUCAUCGACGCCUUCUGGGUCCCCAUCGAACCUCGUGUUACCACCCUAACCUUGGAUCGCAAGACUGGCGUUGCCUGCAAGAGAAGGCAGCUCCCCCUCGUUCAGGCCAGUGCCAUUACGGUCCACAAGUCCCAAAGGGGAACGUACUCGUCAAUUGUCUAUGAAUAUAAUAAAACGCACCCCCAGAAGUUGGUGUACGUCGCGCUCAGCCGCUGCGCCAACGUAAAUAACCUCUACCUCACCAAUGCAAAAGGAGACCAGCGGUUCUACCAUAAAGACAAGAACGAGGACACAGCGAUGCUGAACGAGUUUCAACGUCUAGGCCGACAUCGAUUACCGACCGUGACGCAGCAGUAUCAACGAUCUCUGCGAGAAGACGUUGACUCUUCCAACGAGUUUACCAUUGCCCUCCUCAACGUUCGCUCUCUCAAUGCCCACGCACUUGACAUAGAAAGGGACCCCAUACUGACCGCAGUCGACGUGCUGUGCUUUACCGAGACGUGGAACGUGACGAGAUUGUUCAUCAAAGGAUACGUUCCCGUCGUGUGUACGCUUUACCGAGACGUGGAACGUGACGAGAUUGUUCAUCAAAGGAUACGUUCCCGUCGUGUGUACCGAUGA